AGGGAAGCCUGUCAGCUUGUUAGCCCCGCUGAUCCCGCCCCAUAGCUCAGGGCAGCCUUUAACCUUUAGCCCCAGCGGGCGCCAGCCACUCAGAUCGCUUCUUGUUGGUAUGUGUAGCGGCAGUGGCCGCCGGCGGAGCAGUCUGAGCCCGACGAUGAGGCCGGGGACGGGAGCCGAGCGUGGAGGCCUCAUGGUGAGUGAAAUGGAGAGCCAACCUCCUUCGCGGGGUCCCGGGGACGGGGAGCGGAGAUUGUCCGGCUCAAGCCUCUGCUCCAGCUCUUGGGUCUCUGCUGACGGCUUCCUGAGGAGACGGCCCUCGAUGGGGCACCCUGGCAUGCAUUAUGCACCGAUGGGAAUGCACCCAAUGGGUCAGAGAGCAAAUAUGCCUCCUGUACCUCAUGGAAUGAUGCCACAAAUGAUGCCCCCUAUGGGAGGGCCACCAAUGGGACAAAUGCCUGGAAUGAUGUCCUCAGUAAUGCCUGGAAUGAUGAUGUCUCAUAUGUCUCAGGCUUCCAUGCAACCUGCCUUACCGCCAGGAGUAAAUAGUAUGGAUGCAGCAGCAGGUGCAGCAUCUGGUGUAAAAUCAAUGUGGACUGAACAUAAAUCACCUGAUGGAAGAACUUACUACUACAAUACUGAAACAAAACAGUCCACCUGGGAGAAACCAGAUGAUCUUAAAACGCCUGCUGAGCAACUCUUAUCUAAAUGCCCUUGGAAGGAAUAUAAGUCUGAUUCUGGAAAGCCUUAUUAUUAUAAUUCUCAAACAAAAGAAUCGCGCUGGGCCAAACCUAAAGAACUUGAGGAUCUUGAAGGAUACCAGAAUACCAUUGUUGCUGGAGGUCUUAUUACAAAAUCAAACCUGCAUGCCAUGAUCAAAGCUGAAGAAAGCAGCAAACAAGAAGAUUGCAGCACAUCAGCAGCUCCAGUUCCUACAACAGAAAUUCCUACUACUAUGACCACCAUGGCUGCUGCAGAAGCCGCAGCUGCUGUUGUUGCUGCAGCAGCUGCAGCUGCAGCAGCUGCAGCAGCAGCCAAUGCUAGUGCUUCCACUUCUACUACUAAUAGUGUGGGAACUGUUCCAGUUGUUCCUGAACCUGAAGUUACUUCCAUUGUUGCAACUGUUGUAGAUAAUGAAAAUACAGUAACUAUUUCAACUGAAGAACAAGCACAGCUUACUAAUACCUCUACUAUUCAGGAUCUAAGUGUUGAAGUAUCUAGUAAUGUAGAAGAAACAUCUAAGCUGGAAGCUGUAGCGGAUUUUACUCCCAAAAAAGAAGAGGAAGAGAACCAACCAGCAAAAAAAACUUAUACUUGGAAUACGAAGGAAGAGGCAAAGCAGGCAUUCAAAGAAUUACUAAAAGAAAAGCGGGUACCAUCCAAUGCUUCAUGGGAGCAAGCUAUGAAGAUGAUCAUUAAUGAUCCACGAUACAGUGCGUUAGCAAAAUUGAGUGAGAAAAAGCAGGCCUUUAAUGCCUAUAAAGUACAGACAGAGAAAGAGGAAAAAGAAGAAGCAAGAUCAAAAUACAAAGAAGCUAAGGAAUCCUUUCAGCGUUUUCUAGAAAAUCAUGAGAAAAUGACCUCUACAACCAGAUAUAAAAAAGCAGAACAAAUGUUUGGAGAGAUGGAAGUCUGGAAUGCAAUAUCUGAACGUGAUCGUCUUGAAAUCUAUGAGGAUGUUUUAUUCUUUCUGUCAAAAAAAGAAAAGGAACAAGCAAAGCAGUUGCGAAAGAGAAAUUGGGAAGCCUUAAAAAACAUACUUGAUAAUAUGGCUAAUGUAACGUACUCUACUACUUGGUCAGAGGCCCAGCAGUAUCUAAUGGAUAAUCCAACUUUUGCAGAAGAUGAAGAGUUACAGAACAUGGACAAAGAAGAUGCAUUAAUUUGCUUUGAAGAACACAUUCGGGCUUUAGAAAAGGAGGAGGAAGAAGAAAAGCAGAAAAGCUUGCUGAGAGAAAGGCGACGGCAGCGUAAAAAUAGGGAAUCUUUCCAGAUAUUUUUAGAUGAACUACAUGAACAUGGACAACUACAUUCUAUGUCAUCUUGGAUGGAACUGUAUCCAACCAUUAGUUCUGACAUUAGAUUUACUAAUAUGCUUGGUCAGCCUGUUUUUUCAUUAGGCUCAACUGCCCUUGAUCUUUUCAAGUUUUAUGUUGAGGAUCUUAAAGCACGUUAUCACGAUGAAAAAAAGAUAAUAAAAGACAUUCUAAAGGAUAAAGGAUUUGUAGUUGAAGUAAAUACUACAUUUGAAGAUUUUGUGGCAAUAAUCAGUUCAACUAAACGAUCAACUACCUUAGAUGCUGGAAAUAUCAAGUUGGCUUUCAAUAGCUUGCUGGAAAAGGCAGAAGCCCGUGAACGUGAGAGAGAAAAAGAGGAGGCUCGGAAAAUGAAACGAAAAGAAUCUGCAUUUAAGAGUAUGUUGAAACAAGCUGCACCUCCAAUAGAGUUGGAUGCCGUCUGGGAAGAUAUCCGGGAGAGAUUUGUAAAAGAGCCAGCAUUUGAGGAUAUAACUCUAGAAUCUGAAAGAAAAAGAAUAUUUAAAGAUUUUAUGCAUGUCCUUGAGCAUGAGUGUCAGCAUCAUCAUUCAAAGAAUAAGAAACAUUCUAAGAAAUCCAAGAAACAUCAUAGAAAACGAUCCCGCUCUCGAUCGGGGUCAGAUUCAGAUGACGAUGACAGCCACUCAAAGAAAAAAAGACAGCGAUCGGAGUCCCACUCUGCCUCAGAACACUCUUCUAGUGCUGAGUCUGAGAGAAGUUAUAAAAAAUCAAAAAAGCAUAAGAAGAAAAGCAAGAAGAGGAGGCAUAAAUCUGAUUCUCCAGAAUCAGAUGCAGAGCGAGAAAAGGAUAAAAAAGAAAAAGAUCGGGAAAAUGAAAAAGACAGAACUAGACAGAGAUCAGAAUCAAAACACAAAUCACCUAAGAAAAAGACUGGGAAGGAUUCUGGUAAUUGGGAUACUUCUGGCAGUGAACUGAGUGAGGGGGAAUUAGAAAAACGGAGAAGAACCCUUUUGGAGCAACUGGACGAUGAUCAAUAAAUUAUACCAAAUAUAUGUUUACAGUAUGAUUUAAAGUCUAAUCCAGACCAGGGACUAUUUUAAGUUGUUUAAGUAACACUGGGUUUUAAUUGUAUCACAGAAAAAAAA